CCACUAAACCCCCUUUGUGAGCCUAUGCCUCACGAUAAGUCAGUUGAGUUUCUCACCCAACAGAUCAUUAUAAGCCAACUUCUCAGUGAGCGCAGGCUUUGACGGACCGCUACGCCAAGUCUGGUGAUGACGGCUCGUUCGACCACGCCCCCGAGUGUGUCCUCUGCCGGGGUACAACAAAGAAGGAUGUCCGCCACAGUCUCAGAACAAUACCUCGCAGGUAUGAGUUGGACUAUCUCUGGUGCGAGAGACUUGGCGAUCUUGGAGGCACAGUUAUGAACCAUGAGCUGGCGCAGCUCGGAUCUAUCUCAUUGUCUUUCUGUCUUCUCCAGCUCUGUCUAUUCUCUGCACUCUCUAUUAUCUGCUCAGGUCGUGUCUCCGAGCUUCUGUAACUUCGAGGGUACGGGCGCUAUCCAGGCCAGCACAUCGCCCUCAUGGCAGACCCCACGUACAGGGCGGCUCAGCCGGGCGAGUUCUUUUGCCCAGAUGGUGGGAGAUGGUAUAUGUGCGAGACGAGCACCAAGUUCGUCGGUUGCUGCACGGCAGACCCGUGUACAAAUGGGUGCCACGGCGACAGUCUCCGCCCAGCGGGUCGGUCAAGUGCGCUUGGCAGUCAAUCUCCAGGUGGAUCGUGCGGUGGACAGACACCGUUUUGGACCUGCGAGCAAGCGCCGACGUUCUGGUAUGAGGACCUUCAAAGACUAACGAGCUCCUCCCGGCUGACGGAAGAAGGGGCUGCU